AUGUUGUUCCAGCUAAAAGCCUUGUGGGAAAAAAAAGACACAGAAGUGGUUAUUUCUGUGGUUCCCUCUCAAAUUAGAGGGAGAAGCUAUUUAGUCCACCACAGUGAGUUCCGGACGCUUAGACCUCACAAAUGGCUUACAGGCGAGAUCAUUGAGUGUCUCAUGCAUUACACUGUCACCAAGCUUCAUUUGGAGAAAAAAAUAUAUAUCAUGAACCAUUACAUAGCCGAUGUGAUCCUCACUGGGGACAGAAAAGCAGUGAGAAGACACAGUUUGUCAAAGGUUAACUUUGACGACUACGAGGCCAUUGUAUCUUUCAUUAAUGUUGGAGAAACACACUGGAAGUUUCUGUACAUCAAUGCAGCAGAAAGCUCUGUGUACUAUCUUGAUCCUUUACCAAACUCUGCAGAGCAGGUGGAAUCAGAACUUGCUGCACAUACAUUCUGUGAAUACUUUCAAACCAGGACCAUCCACCACCGUACAAGAGACUGGGUGGAUAUUGAGUUCAGAGGAGCUAUUAUGAAACACCCAAUUCAACUGGAUGGAUGUAGCUGUGGUGUGAUUGUCCUCAUGAUGGCAAAGGCAGUCAUGGAGGCAUUUCCUGAAUUGCCUAAAAUGGAAUUUGAGACGUCUAAAAAACACAUGGCCCAGGAACGCAGGGCUUUGGCACUGAAAAUACUUGAAGCAUCAGUGUUUGAUGCACAGAACAACUGCUCCAUGUGUGCGGCGUCUAAACCACCAAGUCCAGGGACUUCCAUGACCAUGUGUGCGGCGUCUACACCACCAAGUCCAGGGACUUCCAUGACCAUGUGUGCGGCGUCUACACCACCAAGUCCAGGGACUUCCAUGACCAUGUGUGCGGCGUCUACACCACCAAGUCCAGGGACUUCCAUGACCAUGUGUGCGGCGUCUACACCACCAAGUCCAGGGACUUCCAUGACCAUGUGUGCGGCGUCUACACCACCAAGUCCAGGGACUUCCAUGACUGACUGGAUACAGUGUGACAGCUGUACACGGUGGUUCCAUGCAGUGUGCGUGCCGUUGAACAAAGUACAGUUUGAGCAAGCAAAAAACACGGCCUGGGAUUGUUGUUUGUGUGAUUAGCUUUUUUUUUUUUUUUUUUUUUUUUGACUUAAUAAAAUUAUUUUUUUUUUUCCUCAUGCACUACUUGUUUUGUCUCUUAUUACAAAUGGCAUAAUGUUCAACUAUAUAAUACAAAAUGAAAACCAUUGAACUAUGAUCACACUGACCUCAGUGAAACUAACUUGACACUUUGAACUGUGUAGAUCUUGAUAUUGUAGACUCAAACUCUAAACCCUGUGAAAAUUAACAUGGGACAGGGAUUGAUGUUCAUCCCAAAGAAUCGGUUGAAAAUUUCAUGUCAACUCUGAAGGAAUUUUAAUAAUGGCAGUACAAAAUGCAAAAAAUGACCAAUGUUAUAAUGUAUUUUGACAGACUUUGCCUUUAAUUUUCUGUAAACCUCUACAGUAAAAUCCCAUGAAAAUUGAUGUGGACAGAGAGAUGUUCAUCCGAAAGAAGAAUCCAUUGAAGAUUUCAUGUCAACUCUGAAGGAAUUUUAAUAAUGGCAGUACAAAAUGCAAGAAAUGACCAAUGUUAUAAUGUAUUUUGACAGACUUUGCCUUUAAUUUUCUUAAACUCUACAGUAAAAUCCCAUGAAAAUUGAUGUGGACAGAGAGAUGUUCAUCCUAAAGAAGUACAAAAUGCAAAAAAUGACCAAUGUUAUAAUGUAUUUUGACAGACUUUGUCUUUAAUUUACUGUAAAACUCCACAUUAAAAUAUCUUAGAGUAGCCUACAAUUGAAGCGCAUUUUUGUGCAACAUAAAUGUAGUUUUAAUAUGUUUUACUUGUCAUUGGCCAAAUUGUAUGAACAACCUCUGAAAUACACGUCUUUCUCUGCUUUUUGGCCGCUCCAUGUAUCCGUACCGUAAUUCCCCAAAUAGACGAGCAUUAAUAUGCAGGCGGCGGCUGGUUUGACCGAGCUUUUGCAGAUGACGGCUCACUUGACUGCGGUGAGCGACAGUCUGGGACAUUCGUCUGCAUCAAGAGAGCUGCGUCGGGACUGUGACAGCCCGUGCGAUCGGUGAGGACGCUGGUGUUGCGCAAAACAUGUGUGGUGAGCUCAUUCAUUUUAUUUUAUUUUGCUCCACGAAGUGAAGUAGCCACGAGUUUUUGGCUACUACUAACCCAAGCGUCGACUCAGGCCUGCAACGUGGACUGUGGUAUUUUCAGUAUUAGAUUAUUUGAUUUCUGCCGACUGUUUAAGUAAGAGUUAUUCUGCCAGUCAUCUUUUGAUUGUUUACCAAUUCAUAUUCUUAUUUAUUAUUUUAUUUUAUAUUCAGUAAAAGGCUUGGCCAUUUGUUUAAUUGUUGUUGCAGUUAUUAUUUCAUUUCCAUUUGCUACUGUGGGUUUAUUUAGAAAUACCAGCAACCUGUUUAAUCGUCUACCCUUAUUAUAAUAAUAGACAUUUAAGUGAAUAUUAGAUCUUAAAAGUAGGGCUGUGAAUCUUUGGGUAUACUGCAAAUCGAUUCGAUUCAUGAUUCAUGGGUGCUCGAUUCGAUUCAAGAAAGAUUUUUGCAUAUUAGUGUUGUCACGGUACCAAAAUUCCAGUAGUCGGUACCGAUACCAUGAAA